AUGAAAAGAGAAAAUAAGGGUGCAAAUGUCAAGAUGAUGUCAGCAGCCUGAUGAACGUGAAUUGGGUAAAAAUAGAGUUCCACUUGACGAUUCUUGCGUAACGAUUACAAACAAAUUAAUUGGUCAAAUUAAGAUCUAUAAAAGUUAUAAGAAUCCUUAUUUAAUAAAGAAGAGUUUCGAAAUUUGAAAUCAGACAAGGUAUCACUAAAUUAAGCAAAAAAUAAGUUGAAAGUUGGAAAGAUAGUUUCGGCCUCGCAACAACGAUCAUCAAAAUUUUUAUAUUUGAUAGGAUUAUUGAACAAUGUUUAUGGCCUCAAAGCUCUCCUUGGAUAUGAAUGACUAGACAUUCGUUAGAUCUCUUUUCAAAAUCUAGAAAAUGAUGGUAAAAUUUAAAUUAAUUAAAAAUAAUAAUAAAAUAGAGUUAUGGUGUCAUGGUGGUGAUGUGUCAAAAUUUUGAGUGUAUGAAAGGAAUAUCAAACAAUAUCCAUGGUCUCAAAGGUUCUCCUAAAAAUGGACAAUGUGAGUAAUCUCUAGAUCUUCUUGUAAAGUCUAGAAAUAAAUCAAGUAGGUUGACAAAUUAUCUUUGGCGAUUGUCACCUUACGAAACAAAAAAAUGACAACUUUACAAAUCUUUGACAACUAUGACCCAAUAGAGAUAAGUAUGAUGAAGGUGGGGGUACCUCUUAGGAAGCUUCAUCCUCAGGUAUGCAUAGCAUGAGGAAAUUUUUCAUCGCAUUUGGUACAUUCUCAAGAGGUGACAACUUGUCUCCUGAUGGAUCGCCUUCCUUUCGACGAUGACUUGUUGACAUGACUUAGUCAUUGUAUAGUAAAUCACGUAAAUUUAAAAUUUACAAAACUAGAAAAUACGAAUUUUUAGAUAUUUAGAAGUAUUUAUGAACAAAUAUAUCAAUUAUAAUUCAAUAAAACUUCUAGAAAUAGUGGUAAUUUUCCAAGUUGAUUGUGGGGAUGUAAUAUAAUAUCAGGUAAUUAUUCAAAAUUUUUCUCAAAGAAUACUAUUUUCUAUGAAUUUUACAAUAGAAAAUAAAAAUAAAAUAUAUUUAAAAUUUACAAAAAAAGAAAAUAAGGGUGCGAAUGUCAAGAUGAUGUCAGCACUCGGCGAACGCAAAUCGGGUGGAAACAGAGUUUCAUCAAGUGAUUCUUAUGUAAGUGAUUAUAUACGAUUUAAUUGAUCAAAUUAAGAUCUGUAAAAACUGAAAGAAUCGUAAUUGAAUGAAGUAUAUCUUGGUAAAUUUAAAUCACACAAAUUAUCACUAAAUGAAAUGAAAACUAAGUUGAAAGCAGUAAAACAGAGUUGCAACGUCACGAUGGCGAUGCGUCGGCGAUGCACUGGAAUCCUGAGCAUUUGGGAGGAUCGUCAUACAGUGUCCACAUCCUUAAAGGCUCUCCUUGGACAAGGGCAAUGUGGGCAAUCUCUUGAUCUCCUUGCAAAGUCUAGAGAUCAAUGAAAUAGGUCGUCGAACCAUCUCUGAUGGCUGUCACCCGGCGGAGCGGAAAAAUGACAACUUUGCGGCUCUCCGGCGGCUGUCACCCGAUAGAGAGUAGCUGGAUGGAGGUGGGGCGCGUGUUAGGGAGCUUCAUCCUCAAGUCCACGCAACAAGAGGAGGCUCUUCAUCGCAUUUGGUAUGCUCUUAGGAGGUGUACUCUUAGGAGGCAGCAAGAGAUCUAGUGAAUGCCUAGGGCAUCUAUGUUUAAGGAGAACUCUUAAGGUUGUGGACAUCAUACAAUAACCAUCCUAAACAUACAAAAUUCCAAAGAUCAUUGUCGCAAGGUUGGAACUCUAUCUUUUCUACUUUUAAUUUAAUGAUACUUUGUGUGAUUUCAAGUUUUAAAACUCUUCUUUAUUAAAUUAUAAUUAUUCUAAUUUUUAUAGAACUUAUUUUAACUAAUUAAAUCGUUUGUAAUCACUUAUGUAAGAAUCAUUAGAUAGAACUCUAUUUCUAUUCAAUUCACGUUCAUCGAAGUGCUAACAUCAUUCUGAUGCCCGCACCUUGUUUCUCUUUUUCAUGAAUUUUAAAUAUAUUUUAUUCAUUGCUUAAUUUAAAAUUUAUUAAAAAUUGUAUUCUUUGUAGAAAUUAUAAAAUAUUACCUGAUAUUAUAUUGCAUCCUAGUGAUCGAUGUGAAAAAAUCUUACUUUUGAAACUUUUCUUGAAAUAUAAUUGAUAUAUUUUUUCAUAAAUAAUUUUAAAUAUCUAAAAAUUAGUAUUUUUUAGUUUUAUAAAUAUUUAAAUUUGCGUGAUUUAUUUUAUAAUAACUAGGUCACGUCACUGUGUGAAUCGUGUUAAUGAGAUUUUCGCCAAUGAUUGAGCGAUUCUGAUGACUUAAUCAUUCACUAAUAGUCUAGAAAAAAUAUGAUUUAAUGAGACAAAAAUAUGAGUUUUGACUCUUGUAGGAUUUAAACCCUUAUUGAUCGCCUACCUAUAUGAGAGAGUGUGAAAUAAGUAGGUAAAUAUCGUUAUAAAGUGGUGACAUGACUUAGUCAUUUUAUAGUAAAUCACACAAAUUUAAAAUUUAUAAAACUAGAAAAUACGAAUUUUCAGAUAUUUAGAAGUAUUUCUGAACAAAUAUAUCAAUUAUAAUUCAAUAAAACUUCCAAAAAUAGCGGUAAUUUUCCAGAUCGAUCAUAGGGAUGUAAUAUAAUAUAUGGUAAUUAUUUAAAAUUUUCCUUAAAGAAUACUAUUUUCUAUAAGUUUUAUACUAGGAAAUGAAAAGAAAAUAUAUUUAAAAUUCACAAAAAAGGGAAAUAAGGGUGCGAAUGUCAAGAUGACAUCAGAUCUUGGUGAACGUGAAUCAGGCGAAAACAGAGUUCCACCCGGUGAUUCUUACAUAAGCGAUUACAAACGAUUUAGUUGAUCAAAUUAAGAUCUGUAAAAGCCAGAAGAAUCAUAAUUGAAUGAAGUAUAUCUUGGUAAAUUUAAAUCACAAAAUUAUCACUAAAUAAAGUGAAAAGUAAGUUGAAAGCAAGAAAACAGAGUUUCGGCAUCACGGCGGCGAUGCGUCGGCGAUACACCGGAAUCUUGAGCGUUUAGGAGGAUCGUCAUGUAAUGUCCACAGCCUCAAAGGCUCUCCUUAGACAAGAACGACGUGGGCAAUCUCUAGAUCUCCUUGCAAAGUCUAGAGAUCAAUGAAAUGGGUCGUCGAACCAUCUUCGGUGGCUGUCACCCGGUGGAGCAGAAAAACGGUGACUUUGCGGCUCUCUGGCGGCUAUCACCCGAUGGAGAUGAGCUAGAUGGAGGUGGGGCACGUGUUAGGGAGCUUCAUCCUCAAGUUCGCGCAACAAGAGGAGGCUCUUCAUCGCAUCUGGUACUCUCUUAAGAGGUGGCAGAUCGUCCUCUUCCCAACGACGGCUUGUUUGUCGAUCAAUCGGAGAUACUUUACUCGAUGGAUUUGUGAUCCUUUUAUCGCAAAUAGUUCAAUAAUUUUAGUAACAAUGCUCCGCGAAUCACAUUGACGAGAUUUUUGCUGAUGAUCCAACAAUUUUAGUAACAAUGCUUUACUCGAUGCCCCUAUCGGUCCUAGUCACUCGAGCCCUUGCUUGCGGCUCCUCCCCGACUGCACUUCCGACCCACUUGGGGGCCCGGCUGGCUGGCGGCUCCCCCUCAUUUUGUUUUAUUUUUAUUUUUAUUUCUUUUUCUUCAUUUAUCUCAAAAGUAAGACUGUAAAAAUCAUAUAAAUUCGUAUAAAAUCACAUAAUUACCCAAAAAUUCACAUUAAUCAACUAAAAACCACUUUUCACACUUUAACACAAAUAUAAGUCUAUUUAUCAUGAGUUAAGGCUAAAACUAUAUUAUUUACUAAUUAUUAACUCAUGAUAAUGAAGACUUAUCAAGUGACAUCAUAUGGGUAUUUCCUCAUAAAUAAAGGAUAUUUUUAGGUAUUAAAAUAAUUAAAAACUUUAUGAGAAGGUGUGACACUAAUUUAAUCUCACAUCAGUUAUUUCUCAAAUUUUGAGACGAAUAUAUAGUAAGAUGAGAUUAUGUGACCAAUAAGCCCCUCUCAAGUGUGUAUGACCAUUCCUUGCCCACACUUGGUUGACCAUUAGUGACGUGGAAGGGGAGUGACACACAUGUGUCCCCUACUGGUCCCUUUGUCACUUGAGCCCCUUACUUGCAGAUCCACCUGACUACACUUCUGACCCACUUGUAGGCCCAACUGGUUAGUGGGUUCCCCCCUUUUUCUUUCUAUUUUACUUUAUUUAUCUUCAUUUAUAUCUAAAAUAUGAUUACAAAAAUUAUAAAAAUUCAUAUAAAAUAACAUAAUUAGUGAAAAAUUCACAUUAACCAACUAAAAUUAUUUUUCAUAAUUUAACAUAAAUAUAAGUCUAUUUAUCAUAAGUUAAGAAUUUAAAUAUAUUAUUAAAUAAUUAUUAACUCAUGAUAAUGAAGACUUAUCACACCUCCCAACAUAAAUCAUUACUAGUCCCUUAGCAAUGGAAUUGUAAAAUUUAAUUAGAAUUUAAAAAUAAGUGAAGUAAGUGAUUUCUUCUCACAAAUCUUAUAAAUCAAGGUGUAAAAAUCUCUAUUAAACUCAAAUGAUCAAUUAAACUUUCACAUCAAGUAAAUACUAUUAAUCAAGAUUAUGAAGUGAAAAUCAAUAAAAUCAAUUCCAUGUUAUCUAUCAUGUAUCCAAUGAUUAUUUCAACAUUUAAUGCUAUUAAAUCAUUCUUCUAGCUCAAUAAUAAUCAUCCUAAUAUCUUUUGGUAUAACUCAAUCUAAUUGAUUUAAUUUUUCAUACAUGUAAUAUGAUGUAAGAAAAUUUUAAAUUAGAUAGUUCUGAAAAUUCUGCGUUUUAGUUUUAGUUCUAUUUUCAAUAACAAUUAAUUUGCCAAAAAUAAAUCAAAACUAUCCUCUUUGUAGCUAUAAUUUUCAAAUUUCAGAAAUAUAUGUCUAGGGGAUUGAAAUGUGAGAAAAUGUCUCUAAAAUUUUAAGUUUUGGAUUAUUUUUUCUGUUUUUUUGAAAAUUUGUAAAUUGUUUUUUGUAGUUUCUGACAGAAAAUAAGAAAAUAGACGUUAUUAUUUUUCUAAAUUUAUUUUAUUUUUAGUUAUUUUUACAGGUGAUCAUGAAAGAAAAUAUAAACAUAUGUUCUUAAUCAUUCUACAACAUAAAUUAAGACUUAAUACUUCACUCCUUAACUUAAAAAUGACAUUGUCCUCAAUGACACAAAAAAAUUGGAACACAAUAUGUAGUAAAUAUAAAUUUCAAGUGAAGCAUGCAUAUAUGCAAAUUUAAGUGUCUUACACUCUUCCUCCUGCACUUUUAUUUGAAAAAACUAAAUACAAAAACAAAAAAAAAUAGAACUUAAAAGGACAAAACAUAAUUAAUGAAAUAAAAACCAUGGGUUUCCUCUCGUGUAGUGCUGAAUUUAAAGUCUUCGGCUAGACAACUCUUAGAGCACAUAAGGUGAUAUAUGGCCAUCAAAAUAUAUUUGUAUCCCAAUGUAAGUUUCAUAAUAUUCUUUUUCAGAUUUAGAAUAAAUUCAUGUACUUCAUAUAUAUAUAUAUACCUUGAGAUACUUUUAGCCAUAUAAUUUUCAAAUUAGCUCUUACCCAAAUUAGCUCAUAAAAUGUGAUAAAUCUAAUUCUUCGACUCACCCAUUUCUUAAUGCACUCUUUCCUUACUCUAUUUAUCUUCCCCUACAUGUGUUCAAUUUGUGAGGAGUGAAUAUUUCAAAUUUAGACUUAAUUCUAAUGGGCUGUGGGUUUUGAAGGAUGGAAUAAUUAUCUACUUUAAUCUUAGAUGUAAUGAAUUUAUUAAAUUCAAAUUUUUUCUUUCAAAAUUAUCCCUAUUUUCAUCUUCAUUCUUUUCGUUUCUCUUGAUUAGUUGAAUCAACUCUUUUUCUAGUUUUUCAUUUCUCAGCUUAUCAAAUUUUUCAUCUUCUCAAGAGCUAUCUUCUAAUUUCGGUAUAUGAUAUGCAUCAUCAUUACUAUCAACAUCCAUUGGUGUAAAAUACUGAUUAGAUUUAUUAAUUUCAUCUCCAACAUCUCUCAACUCAACUAGUUUUUCCUCAUUCGAAAUAUAGUUUUUCUUAUUUUACUAAAAUUUAGAUGAUUUCUCCACAAUCAGCUGUUGUUUCUUAAUCUAAGGUUUCUUCCUCAUCAUCCUCACUAUAUUCAUUCAUCAAUCAUAAGUAAUAAAUAAUUUAAUUCAAUUUUUCUACAACUAUAUUUUCAGUCUUAAUAUUCUCAUUUACUUCUAAUGGCUCAUCUAUUUUCUCUAAUGAUUGGGAGUAAGGAUCAACUCCAAUAUUCUCACUCCACAAUGUAUUCACUAUCCUAACAUGUUCAUUUUGUGAGUUGUUUUCUAAAUUUGUCUAGCUACUCUCCUUAUUAAAAUUUUACUAUUGGGCAGUUUCUUAGAUUUUCUAUGGGCUAACUAGGUAGUUGUCCCUCCUCUCUCUUAUUUUCAAAAGCCUCUAUAAAUUUUUUUUAUUACAACAUCAUUUGACUCAUUUGCUACAUCAUAUUUAUAAAAUCAAGUUAGAUUUGAAAGGGCUGAGAUUUUUGAAAUCUAUUUUCUUAUUUUGGACAAAAUUUAGAACUUUAAUUGGGUCUAAGUGUUUCUUGAUUUUGAAUAUUAUUUCGGUGUCUUUAUGAAAAAUUAUUCAUCUAAUUAGGAUUAUAAAAAUUAGAAAAAGUUUUUUUAUUUUUAACAAAAUUGUGAGCUACAUGCACUUGUUCUUGUAUAGGCUGAAAUGAUUGAUCUAAAUUACAAUAUUAAAAUUCAGAAUGUUCAUUCCACCAUGCAUAGUGCAUGUAUUAUUUGAAUUAGAUUAGGAGUUAGGAGGCUUUCUAAUAUUGUCAAUAAGUAAAUUAAGUUUUUUUAAUCUUUGAUUAAUCUGAUUAACCUUAUUUCUUAAAUUAGUAUCAUCUUGAUGAUGCAAUUCAUAAUUUUUUUUCUUCUUAUCUUUUUAUAUAACUCAAAAGAUGCUUGAUCUCUGGAAUUUUUACUUAAAUUCUCAUAAAGGCCAUAAAUCUCAUUAGGGUUUUCUCCAUAAAAAUUCCUCUACAUGUAGAAUCAACUAUAUUUCUAUGUUAUUUAUAAUUUUUUUGACUUUUAUAGAAUUUAAUUUGACCCAUUAAAUUGUCUAUAAUCGCUUACCUAAAAAUCACCAUUUAUGUUUGUCUAGAUGUUGACAUCAUUCUGAUAUCUGCACCCUUAUUUUUCUUUUUCAUGAUUUUGUAAAUGUAUUUUAUAAUCAUCAUUUAGUCUAAAAAUGAUAAAAAAUAAUAUUCUUUAGAAAAAAUUGAAAUAUUUCUCAAUAUUAUCUUACAUCCCUCUGAUCAACUUGGAAAUUCUCUACUAUUUUUGGAACCUUUUAUCAAAUUAUAAUUGAUUACCUUUUUGUUGAAUAUUUUUAAAUUUUAAAAAAAAUUAAAAAUUAGUAUUUUCUAGUUUUAUAAAUUUUAAAUUCACAUGAUUAUUUAUACAACGACUAAGUCACGUCAAUAAAUCUCAUUCAUAUUAUUCUAAAAAAAUCAGGUGUAAUAGUUUCUAAAAAAACAGACGAAGAGAUCAAGACAAAACUCACCACUAGCUAGCAUGUUUGUAUUGACUAUAAAAAUCUCAAUGAAGUAACAAAGAAAGAUCAUUUUCCUUUACCCUUUAUUGAUCAGAUUUUAGAAUGUCUUAUAGGGCAACAUUAUUUCUAUUUUUUAGAUAGUUACUUAGUUUACAAUCAAAUUGAAUUUUUUUCCAAAAGAUCAAGAGAAGACGACGUUUAUCUAUCCAUUUAAAACAUAUGCAUUUACAAGGAUGCCAUUUGGAUUAUGCAACACACCAAAAACAUUUCACGAAUACAUGAGUGCAAUGUUUUCUAGUCUCAUGGGAGAUUGUCUUAAAAAUUUUAUGGAUGAUUUUUCUGUAUUUGGACAAAUAUUCGAUGAUUGUUUAACCAACCUGACUAAAGUAAUGCAGAUUUAUGUUGAUAAGAAACUCAUUCUAAGUUGAGAGAAGUCCCACUAUACGGUAAAGGAAGGUGUGGUGCUUGGGCAUGUAGUUAGUUAGUGUGGAUUGGAAGUGGACAAAGUGAAAAUUGAGGUAAUCAAAGACCUUCCUUUACCCACAUCUCUUAAACAAUUACAUACUUUCUUAGAACACGCAGGGUCUUAUAGAUGAUUCAUUGAAGGAUUUGUAAAUUUAGCUACACCCCUCACUCAAUUACUUUCUAAAGAUACUAAUUUUAUGAUUAGCACUGAAGGAAAAUAAAUUUUUGUGAGAGUGAAAUAAGUAUUGACAGAAGACCCAAUUUUACAAGGUCCUAAUUGAUGUCACCCUUUUGAAUUAAUGUGUGAUGCAUCAGAUUUUGUUGUAGGAGCAGUCCUAAACCAAUGAAUUGAUAAGAAAUCAGUCACCAUUCAUUAUGCGAGUAAAACUCUGGCUGAUGCUCAAUUAAAUUAGACUACGACAGAAAAAGAGUUGUUAGCUAUUGUAUUUUCUUUAGAUAAAUUUCAAUAAUACUUGUUGAACUAAGGUAAUUGUCUAUACGUAUCAUUCAGCCAUUAAGUUUCUUUUAGCCAAGAAAGAACCUAAACUGAGAUUAAUUUGAUGGAUACUUUUAUUACAAGAAUUUGAUUUAGACAUCAAGGAAAAGAAUGGCAGCAAGAAUUACAUCGCAAACCAUUUAUCUAGAUUUAUGUAUUUAAUAAUCUACCUAUUCUACACUCUUUUCCUAAUGAACAUUUACUAAAAGUUGAUACAUGUACACUACCAUAGUACAUGCAUAUUGUGAAUUAUUUGGUGACAAGUGUCCACACGUUGGUCAAUGAACAUGAAAUGUAAAUUCUUCAAUGACCUUAAGUUUAUUUUUAGGAAUAAUCUGAAUUAUUUCAUCUAGGAAUUGACAAAAUCUUGCACAAAUGUGUACUUGAAAAGAAACAAUUCAACAUGCUAACUAUGUGUCAUUCUUCAACAUGUGGUGGGGACAUUGUAUCCAAAAAGACUGCAACAAAAAUCUUGCAAUGUAGAUUUUAUUGGUGACGUGACUUAGUCGUUGUAUAGUAAAUCAUGUAAAUUUAAAUUUAUAAAACUAGAAAAUACUUAUUUUUAGAUAUUUAGAAGUAUUUCUGAACAAAUAUAUCAAUUAUAAUUUAAUCAAAACUUCAAAAAAUAGUGAUAAUUUUUCAAAUCGAUCAUAAGGAUGUAAUAUAAUAUCAAGUAAUGUUUUAGAAUUUUUCUCAAAGAAUAUGAGUUUUUAUGAAUUUUAUACUAAGAAAUAAAAAUAAAAUAUAUUUAAAAUUCACAAAAAAGGAAAAUAAGGGUGCGGACGUAAGGAUGACGUCAGCAUCCAACGAAUAUGAAUCGGGUUAAAAUAGUGUUCUACCUGGUGAUUUUUACGUAAGCGAUUAAAGGUAAAUUUAAUUGAUCAAAUUAAGAUCUAUAAAAGUCAAAAGAAUCGUAAUUGAAUGAAGUAUAGCUUAGUAAAUUUAAACCACACAAAUUAUCACUAAAUGAAGUAGAAAUUAAGUUGAAAGGAAAAUAGAGUUCUGGCAUUGCGGCGAUGAUGUAUUGACAAUGCACCAAAAUCUUGAGCAUUCAAGAGGAUCGUCGUGCAGUGUCUAUGACCUCGAAGACUUUCUUUGGACAAAGACGACAUGGGCAAUCUCUAGAUCUUCUUACAAAGUCUAGAGAUCAAUAAAAUAGGUUGUUGAAUCAUCUUCGGCGACUGUCACCCGGUGGAGUAGAAAAAUGAUGACUUUGUGACUUUCUAGCGGCUGUCACCCAAUGAAAAAGACUUAGAUGGAGGUGGGGUGUAUGUCAAGGAGUUUCAUCCUUAGAUCUGAGUAGCAAGAGAAGGCUCUUCAUUGCAUUCGGUACGCUCUUAAGAGGUGGUGACUUGUCUCUUAGUAGAUCAUCCUCUUCCUGACGACAACUUAUUCGUCGAUCAAUUGCAGAUGAUUUACUCGAUGGAUUCACAAUCUUUUUAUCGUGAAUCAUUCAAUAAUUUUAGUAACAAUGCUUUGUGAAUCACAUUGACGAGAUUUUCGCUGAUGAUCUAGUGAUUCUGACGGCUUAAUCCUUCACCGGUGAUCUACAGGAAAGUCGUGAUAAUCAAAUAAAAAUACGAGUUGACUCUAGGAGGAUUCAAGCCUAUACCAAUUGUCUGCUUACAUGAGAGAGAUUGAAAUAAGUAUUCUAAUACCCUUAUCAAGUGAUAUCAUCAUGGUAUAUCUCUAUUAUAAUUAAGGGGUAGUUUAGGUAUUAAAAUCUUCGAAACCUUUCGAGGGAAGGUGUGAUGAGGGUUUAGUCCAACAUCACUUAUGCGUCGAAGUUUCAAGUGAAUAUAUAGUAAUAUUACAUUUGCAAGCAAUGAGUCUCUUUCUCUUACGUGUACGACCACUUCUUGUCCUAGAGUCGGCUGACUACCGGUGACGUAGAAGGGGAGUGGUGCACACAUGCCUCCAUUGGUCCUAGCCACUUGAGCCCCUAUUCGUGGCUCCUCCUCGACUGCACUUCCGACCCGCUUGCAGGCCCGGUUGGCCAGUGGGUCCCCCCCACCCCCCAUUUCACUAUAUUUUUAUUUUUAUUUCUUUUUCUUCAUUUAUCUGAAAAAUAAGACUAUAAAAAUCAUAUAAAUUCUUAGAAAAUCACAUAAUUAGCCAAAAAAUUACGUUAAUCAACUGAAAACUAUUUUUCACACUUUAACACAAAUAUAAGUCUAUUUAUCAUGAGUUAAGGCUAAAAAUAUACUAUUUACUAAUUAUUAACUCAUGAUAAUGAAGACUUAUCAAUUGGCCUACUAUUUUUCAACAUUCUCAUCUUUUUUGCCAUGGUAAACAUCUCGAAAAAGGAUGAAAUCAAUCAAUUUUGGAGGUUGAAAUAUUUGACCUUUGGGGGAUCGAUUUUAUGAGUCCAUUCCCUUCUUCUACAUACAAUGAAUAUAUUCUAUUAUAUGUUGAUAAUAUUUUCAAAUGGGUAGAAACUAUCUCCACUAGAACCACUGAUCAUAAAAUUGUAUGCAAGUUCAUUGUGUAGAAUAUGUUUUCUAGAUUUAGAUGUCCUCGUGUUAUCAUUAGUGAUAGUGGAUCCUAUUUUAAUAAUUUUUACUUUUGAAAUUUGCUUAAAAAAUGUGAAGUAGAUCAUAGGAUUAUGACUCCAUAUCAUUCUCAAGCUAAUGGAUAGGUGAAAUUGAGAAAUUGAGAAAUAGAGAAAUAAAGAAGAUCAUAUGGCCUAAUGGUAAAGAUUAGGUUGAAAAACUUCUGAAUACACUAUGGGCUUACAAAACAACAUUUAAAAAUCCAAUUGACAUGUCUCCUUUUUGCCUAAUUUAUGGCAAAGUGUGUCAUUUACCUAUUGAAAUUGAGCAUCAUGUAUAUUGGGCCAUCAAAUAGCUUAAUCUUUCCUUAGAACAUGUAGGAAAGCAAUGUGUUCUUCAAUUGCAAGAAUUACAAGAGUUAAGAAAUGAAGCUUAUGAGAAUUCCAAUAUCUACGAGGCCAAACUUAAAGCAUUUCAAGACAAGAAAAUCAAUUGUAAAUCAUUUGUUAGAUAGGCCCACUGGGCCCACCAAGCUGAUAAUUAUAAAUUAAUAAUUACAUCUAUACAUUCAUAUCUUAUAUAUAGAUACUAAUUAAUGAGUAGAUAAUACUAUUAUACAUGUGUUACCAACUCAUUAUGAUAUUUAUAAUAUUUUAUCAUUUAAGUCCUAAUGUACAUUAUUUUAGUUAUUUUAUUUAUAUUAUGAGAUUAACUCCACGACUUUUAUGAACUAAAGUGGUAAUUCUCUCACAUUUUCUUGAUAAUUAUUUGAUUGCAAAGACUUAGGCGAGUUCUUAAUUUGAGUUAGAAGUAAUGGAAGAAGCCCAAGCCUUCAAUCCAAUGAAAAGCCCAAGUCUUAUAGAGUGAGUCGACCUAAUAUGUUUAUAGGCCCAAGAGAGGGUGUCACUUUGGCCUAGCCUAUUUGAACUUAAAAAGGCUAUCAAAAGAUAAGAUCUAAGCCAUCCAUCUUAGGGCACCUUAAGAUGAGAUUAAGAGAAGGAUUAGAGCGUCACCCUCAUGGAACUGGGCCAUCCAUUAAGAGAGUUGGUUAUUAAUCUUAAUUGUCCAUUGGAGGGGUCUAACUCUCGAGAGGAUUAAGGCAUCUCACCCCCCUCUUGGAGGGUGCUUUUUGGCUCUCUCUCUCUAGUAGUGGUUAGCUGAAGGAAACAGAAGGGAAAUCAAGGCCUGAUCAACUACAUUCUCAUGCCCAAGAUCAUUGUGGAGAAAAGAUUAUCUGGAGUGCAUCAAGAUCAUCAUGGAUCGAGUAUUACUCGGCCUAGGACUGAUGCACAACGAGGUUUGUGCAAGAUCUAGAUUUGGGCAUCCUUGUAAUCCUCUACAAGGAUAGAUUAACUUUUAAUUCGAACUAAUUUUAUCAUUUAUUCUAUCAUUCCAUUGCGUUAGAUCUAUUCUCUCCCCUUUGUCAUAUUUUUCACAACUCUUGUCUUCACUCUUUUACAUUUAAUUAUGUCUUUCACAAUCUCACGGAUAUAUAUAUAUAUAUAUAUAUAUCUAUAUAAGAAAUAAAAUAAAUAGAAUUCAUACUCUCAUUACCCACGCUACUUGAGGAUUGACCCUUACUUAUCCUAAGUAGAAGAGUGAGGUUUUAUAAAUAUUAUUUGCAUGAACUUGGUUGCAUCACGAUGAUGUAUGUGACCUCUAAUUCAAGUUCAUCACAAGCCUAUUUUAGACUUAAUCUCUCUACAUUCCUAUUCUUCCUCCACUAUCUCCACUUCUCCCUUUCUCUCUCUCUUUCUUCCUCUCUUCUAUAUAACCUCAUCACUCCUCUUCUUCAAUAUAUCAAUUCUCGGAUCUUUUUCUUCCUUUUGUCAACAUGGUAUUAGAGCCCUAAGGUUUCUCUGUCGCGUCACUCUACCUCUUCUUCUAUCUCGACAUCACAUAUCCUCUCGACACAAUCUCCUGUGGUGCCUCUUUGCAUGCUACUUGGUGCCCAGUAUGCAUAGCCCUGCACGCCUGCCGCACCUCCUGCCGCAUGCCACCUAUGUGUCUGUUUGGCACUUGCUUAGCACCGUCCUGCACGCUCGCCAGACACGUCGCUAUGCUUGUGUGCUUGACGGCACCAUCUCCCCCUAGUGUCCCGUGCAUUGACUGUAGGUUCCGCUUGCGCCGCCUAUGCCGCCUCCGACGUCACAUGCAGCUUUGGGGACGUCCUCUUCCAGCAUCAUCUCAUCUCCUGAUAAUCUUAAUCUAUGGAUCUGGUGGGUGAAUCCUCGAUGUCUCAGGUGCCUCCUUCACUAGUUCUUCAACUAGCCGUCACUUUUCCUCUAAUCGAGUUGGCUACUCCACAACACAACUCACUCGACUAGCAUAUGUCUUCAAUUGACAUAAUUAUAUAUCAUGGGCCUCCGGAUUUGAGCACUCUUGACAUCGCACAACCUUUUCCACCACUUAUCAACUUAUUUGCCUAGCCUCACUGAUCCAUCCUUUGCUUCAUGAUCUCAACUCAAUUCAACCAUCCUUACUUAGAUGCUUUAAAGUAUUGAGUUGAGUAUUACUAAGCCUCUCACUUGAAUUCACUUUGUGCAACAACUCUAGACGACAUUGGAAAACAUAUACAUCAACCAAAUGAAUAUCAGUCACAUGGUCGAGAUCUUCAAGUCAUUUAUUACUUGCAAGCAGGACAUCUCCUCACUUCAUACUCAUUUCAGUUGUCUCUAGGGCCUAAUAUAUGAGCUUGCCAUCUAUCAGCCUCCAACCACUGAUCUCUGGACAUUUGAGCACUACCAUCAAGAAUAUUUUAUUAGAGUCUAUUUUAGUGGACUUCACCCAUCGAUUACCUCUCAGAUUCAUAGGACGAUGUUCUCUAGAGACCGGAUACCUAAUAUCUCUCACAUUUUCUCCGUUGUACUUUGUGUGAGUACAAGCACUCUUCCUACUAUUGGUAACAUCACAUCUACUCAUUCGACAAUGAUUGUCUCUACUCCUCAAGCAUCACAUGACUCUUCUACUUUGAGACCAAAUAAUAAUCGUCUGCCACAAGAGAAGGGUUGUAAUUUCUUUCCUAUAUACAUCUAUUGACAAGUAGAACCACCCGUCCAACAAAUAUUGAAAAUAGUUCGAGAAGCCUAACUUUGCCCAACCAGCUCUCUUGCCUCCUUUACCAACUUCUCCGACGUCAUCUAGUGUUCCAUCUCUAACUUUUUAGGUGACAUUGACCUCCGCCGAGUAUGAAGCAUUAGGUCGCUCCAGUGGUACCAUGGCUCAUUCCUCAGCUAAUCUGACCUCGCUUCUGAGUCUUUCCAUGUCAGGUACACAUGCCCUUCUUGCAUCUUCAUCUUCAUCAUGGAUUAUUGACUCGGAGCCUCCACCUACAUGACUGGCACAACCACCAUUUUAUCAUCGUAUCAGCCUAUCUCUCAUCAUCCACUCGUUACUAUUGCCGAUGGCCAAACUUGUCCUGUCAAUGAACAUGGCAAUACUAUUGUUACCUCAAGUAUUCCUCUCAUCAAGGGUUUUUAUGUUCCUAGAUUUCCUACUAACCUCUUAUGUAUUAGUGCUAUUACCCAAGCUAUCCUUUGUUUCGUUAUAUUUUUUUCUUUUCAUUAUACCUUUCGGAAUCUGUAUACUGAGUUGAGGAUUAGCUUAGGGCAUGAGAAUGGAUGUGGUGUCUACGAACUAAUUUUUAAUGAAUCUUCUUUUGGCCUUUGGGCUCUUUUUGUUUCCUCUAUGACCACUUCAUCUCUUUUGUGACAUUAUUGUUUAAGACAUACUUGUUUUGAAAAUUCUUAAAAUAUUUUACCUUGUCUUUCUCUGAAUAAGUUUUUGUGUGAGUCAUGUCAAUUAGGUAAACACUAUCAUGGAUCAUAAUUGAAUCAAGACGAAAUUCUAUUCGCAAUACACUUUGACUUCAUUAAUUGUGAUGUUUGGGGUCCCUCUUGUAUUCUCUCAGGCCAUUGCUACUAUAUUGUCUUUGUUGAUGACUAUACUUGGGUGAGUUAGUUCUAUAUUCUUCAAGAUUGUAUCUAAGUUCACAUCAUAAUUGUUCACUUCAUUAUUGAGGUUAUCACUUAGUACUUGACGUGACUUAGUUGUAUAUUAAAUCACGCAAAUAUAAAAUUUAUAAAACUAGAAAAUAUGAAUUUUCAUAUAUUUAGAAGUAUUUCUGAACAAAUAUAUCAAUUCUAAUUCAAUAAAACUUCCAAAAAUAACGGUAAUUUUCCAAGUCGAUCACAAGGAUGUAAUAUAAUAUCUGGUAAUUAUUCAGAAUUUUCUUCAAAGAAUAAUAUUUUAUAUAAAUUUUAUACUAAGAAAUAAAAAAGAAAUGUAUUUAAAAUUCACGAAAAAAGGGAAAUAAGGGUGCAGACGUCAGGAUGACGUCAACACCCGGCGAACGCAAAUCGGGCAGAAACAAAGUUCUACCCGUGAUUCUUACGUAAGUGAUUACAGACGAUUUAAUUGAUCAAAUUAAGAUCUGUAAAAGCCGGAAGAAUCGUAAUGAAAUAGAGUAUAUCUUAGUAAAUUUAAAAUCAACAAAUUAUCACUAAAAGAAGCGGAAAUUAAGUUGAAAGCAGGAAAACAGAGUUCCGGCGAUGCGUCGGCGAUGCACUAGAAUCCUGAGCGUUCGGGAGGAUUGUCGUGCAGUGUCCACGGCCUCGAAGGCUCCCCUUGGACAAGGACGAUCUGGGCAAACUCUAGAUCUCCUUACAAAGUCUAGAGAUUAAUGAAAUGGGUCAUCGAAUCGUCUCCGGCGGCUGUCACCCCGUGGGGCGGAAAAACGACGACUUUGCGGCUCUUUGGCGGCUGUCACCCGACGGAGAAGAGCUAGAUGGAGGUGGGGCGCGUGUCAAGGAGCUUCAUCCUCAAGUCCGCGCAACAAGAGGAGGCUCUUCAUCGCAUCUGGUACGCUCUCAGGAGGUGGUGA